CAGCCCUUCGAACUCACUAAACCGGUGCAUUGACUUUUUUUUUCUUCUCCUGCCUCAGCUUUUCUCGCUGCUGAAAUACUACGCGCAAACUAUUCAGUAAUCGGGUGUUGCCGGAAGACAUUCCGUGAAGCUUGACAGAUCCAGGCGUCGGAGUUUCGACACUUCAUCGAAGGGCACAUCGUGCCAUAAUUUUUCUUCCCUUUCCGGUUGGUGUUUCUUCUACAAUAGGAACACUUCCUUUAGUGCAUCACCGGACCUUGUGGACGGUUCAAGGCUUUCUUCCGCUACGUUCCCACCACUAAACGCGCACUCUUACUACGUUUUCGGAAGCAACGCUGUAUCUCCUGCUGAUCACCGUGAUUUUCUUUUGUUCUUGGUGAACGAGUACUUGAAAUCGAAACUGCUUCCUCAGUUCGUUCCCCGCGAUCAUCGAUUUCGGACGUGACGCUUCGUUGAACAACAUUGUGAAGUGAGCCUUUCCUUCGCGCGGAUACCCCUGCGCGGCUGUGUUGUGCCCUUGCAGUCGAACCUCGUGCGAGCCGUUGUUCCACGUGGACUGUCGCCGCAGCGUGGAGCUUUAGUCACCGUGUCGAGGAUAUUGCGCUCUGUGCAGUCACUGGAGUGGUGUGCGUUGUUCUGCGUAGAUGCAAAAGACCUCCACCUGUGCACGGCAGGUUAUGUCCGAGUCAAGGGCACUCUGGUGGCUUCUUUGCUGGACUAUCAGCUGCUUGUCGCUCCAAGGAGCUCUGUGCGUGGCCAUUUGGAAGCUGUCGGUGCCACGCUGGGUGCCUAACGGCACCGAAGAGCCCGUGCUGCUGGACUGCGAGUACGUGUACAACGAGCACGACGUGCGACUCGUGGUCAAGUGGUUCUUCAACGACCUCCUGGAGCCCGUGUACCAGUGGAUACCGGAGCUGAACUCCCGGCAGGCGAGCGGCAUCCUGGCCGGUCACCUAGACGACUCCUCGUACACCGGGCCCUCGCAGUACCGGGCACUGCGCAUCAUACGGCCCACCACCGAGAUGAGCGGACUCUACACUUGCGUCGUUUCUUCCCUGGCCGGUAUAGACUCGAGGCAGCAGUCAAUGAUGGUCUACGUGCCGGCAAGAAACUUCACGCUGACGUACGUGACCACGCCAGUGCCAGCCGCGUCAACCGCUCCAGCCUCGUCCCUGGGAGUGCGAGCGCGAGGCGGGGCUCCCGCGGACACCACCUCCGCACCAGGGUCGUCCUCGAGCGGCAACUCGGGCGUCGGCGGGGCGACAGUCGAGGUGCACUGCGACGCCCUCGGGCUGCACCCCCGUCCCACGCUGCGGCUGUUCAGCAUCACACCGGACAUGCGUCGCACCGAGGUCCAGCGCGGCAGGACGCGCAAGAGUAACGGCACGUACGACAUCGAGCUGUGGCGCUCGUUCAGCGCCGAGCAGCUGCCGCCGUCGGUGACCUUCGAGUGCGUGCUCGAGAUACCGGGCACCGACUACGAGGUCCGCCGGAGGACUGCGUACAGUCCCGGAUAUCUCUACUUAACAGAUGCUUCUCAAAAACUCACCACGAAAACGACCUUGUUUGUCCUUCCACUUGCCUUCACGCUUCUAAAGACCUCUUACACUGCCGGAACUUGAAGACUAGUCCCAGGUUUGAUGGGGAACCUGUUGGAGAACUUCGAAGGAUGCCUAGUCGGACGUUCCAAUUGUUUGUAUCUAUGAUGUACAUACGCACAAAUAUUUGUAACGAGCCCCUCACCUCCGAUAGAGAGCAAUGAGACUGAACCGAAAAAUGGCACAUAUUUCAAGUUUUACGUUUCUAAGCCUUUAACUGGGAGCGCAGCAAUUAUUGUCGCCUUCCUUCGUUGUUAUAGUCGAUGUACUGUGAUACUAAUAGGCACUUGUUCACACUCAUAAUUUCGUCAUGGGUGGUACAGUUAUUGUUUGCUUGAAAUCAGCAGGCCAUUUAUUUUCGCAGCUGAUCAGCUGUACGAACAACUUAAUGGGAAUCCAAAGCACGGACCAAGAAAGUAAAGCAUUGAAAACUGGAGUGGUUGUUUCUCACAGCGUGUGCAUGCUAGAACUCUUUACUGGACAGCUCUUACGAGUAGAUACGACGUCGGAAAAUGAUUCGGUCGCCAUGGAAGAGGCUGU